AUGGAUAUUGAUAUUUCACACAUUUCUUUGGUGGUUCUGUUUCUUUUUAAGCUUCAAAUUUCAGCUUUAAUGACGGAUGUUAGUAGCAGCAACCCAAAGCUCGUUCUUUUCAUUGGUGUCCUCUUUCUUUUUCCUCUGUUUUCUCAUCCUCUCGAGAUUCCAGCGAGACACCUGUUGGAUUAUUCACCACCACCUACAACCACCGUCACCAUCGGUGAUCUUGGAUGGUUUCUUGCAGCUGCUCAUGAAGUUCCUAGUGGUGCAAACCCAGAUUCCAACAGGUGA